AUGUCUGACAACACUGGCAACGCUUCGACUGGUCAGUCGUACAUCGACCAAGCUACUGGUCUUGCCCAGCGCGCUAUGGGAGCCGUGACUGGCGACUCUUCCACUCAGACCAAGGGUGAACUCAAGCACGAAGAAGGCCAAGCCAAAAGAGAUGCCUCCCACACAACCGCCAAGUUGGGUCCGUUCACCGCCGACCCGAAUACCGGAGCCGUUGCCAAAGACGACCCUAAGCGCGACACAGGAUCCUGGGACCAGACCAUCGGCUCUGCCAAGGAGUCGGUCGGCAACUUGAUCGGAAACGAGAACCUGCGCCGCACCGGAGCCGAGCAGAACGCUGCCGGCAAGGAACAAGAGGCUAAGGGUCAGCUUAAGGACUGGGGCGAGGGUAUUCAGAACCGCGCCCAGGGGACUCUUGGAUCCAUUGGUGCUGCUGUCACUGGUAACCGCGCCGAGGAGGAGAAGUAUCGUGAUAUGCAUGACGAGGGCAAGGUCCGCCAGCGUGGUGCUGAAGCCGAUAUGGCUAAGAAGGGUGGUGUUUAA